AGCUUGUUAUCAUUCGUGAUCAGUUCGCUUUCAAGAUAACCAACAAUGAAAGUAAUUACACUGUUCCUAGUAAUCCUAGCCAUUUUCCAUGCAUUGGCAAUGCAAAGUGAAGGUAGUCCCGGGUUUUUCUUGAAAAUAACCAAAAACAUCCCUCGGCUAGGACGGAGUGCACCAUCAUCAAGCUUGGAAAAAUACAUCUUGAAAGCUGCGAAGAACAUUCCCAGGAUAGGGCGUCGCGAUUACUACGUUGAUCCAAAUCUGUCCGAAGACACGACUAAAUCGUGGUACGACCAAAUAAUGAUGCCAUCAAAGAAAAUGUCCGAUAAUUUCAACGUGAAUCACUUAAAUAACUACCAUUUGAUUCAACCAUUAGACGCAAACACAAUUUACGAUGUCCUGACCAGGGAUAUGCUGAACAGUCAUCGUUUUCGAUUUGUUUCUUGGAAGGAUUUUGAUCGUGCUUUAGAACAAGAUGACGAACUCUAUGAUAAAUUGCUGUCAAUCGGUAAAGAAGCAAAUUUAAACAUACCGGGUGAUUCAAAGCAAUUUGUAUCGUUAUAUGGUGAUGUAUCUAAUAACGAUUUGCUUUACUAUAGGGCUGAUCGAGAUCUAAAUGCCCAAGACGAAAACGGACAAAAGGAAAUGUGAACAUUACUGAACUAUUUAUAGUUUAUCUUUCAAAUUAUUUUAUCUUCAUCUAAUUUUUAAUAAACUAAUUGCAGAA